UUUUUUACUAGCUAUAUAUAUAAAAAACACUUUCAAAAUACAAAUUAUAACUGCUGAUAAUGGUUAAAUUGCAUGUAAAAAAGGGUGACGAAAGUCAGUUUCUAUUCGAGACUACCGUGAAAGAGCCAAUCAAUGUCUUAGUUGCUAACCUUGUGAAAAUAUUUAAUGGCAGAUUAAAAAUUGACAGACUUUACCAUGAACUAGAAACAUUAGCAAAGCAUGGUAUUACUCUACCACCAAACAUGCAAGGGCUUACUGAUGAACAAAUUGAGGAGUUAAAACUUGAAGACAAAUGGUCAAAAACAUGCAUACCGCAUGGGGGUAGUGUAUACGUUCGAGACCCUGUAGGGCGGAGAACUGGUAAUGCCCCAAAUGCAAAUAUGGCAGAUGUUAUAAAUCGAACAAGAUCUGAAGCUAAGGCACAAGUUUCAAAGGAUUUAGCCACUGCAAAUAAGUGCAUUACCUUCUCUGAUGUGCAAGAUGCUUUAGACAAAAUGAAAGGUUCUGUCAUGAUUGUAUACCCCAUGGGACUUCCCCCUCAUGAUCCUGUCAAAAUGGAACUGGACAAUCAAGAAGACCUAACUGGAACUCAAGCUUCAAAAGAAGUGCUUGAAGAAAGCAAUGCAUCACUUUGGUGGGCUGGUAAGGAACUGAUGUGUGGCAAAACAUUGCAAGAUUACGUUGGAAAAAACGAAAAAACGAAGAUCAUUGUUAAGCUCCAGAAGAAAGGGCAUGGCCCCCCAUCUCGCGAACCAGUAAUUAAUGAAGAUGAACAGAAAGCCAUGAUGGCUCAUUAUUAUCGAAAGCAAGAAGAAAUGAAGAAAUUGUCGGAAGAUGAGCAGGAUUUGCAUUUAAACUCAGAUUGGGCUGACUCUGCUCAACUUAAACGUCAAUUUCAAGGCUUGAAUAACGUAUCGUGGCGUCCCCGAUAAAAACGUCUGUUGCAUCGUUUCGUGUAAAGAAAGAACGUUGCUGGUUAUCAACUAUUUAUCAGCGUUGUAUUAAGAUACAUUUCAGAAAACGAGUGUUUGAGAAAACAAAUGUCUGAGGAGAUAGCAUGAUAGGCUCUUUCUUUUACAAAUUACAAUGGGUCAUUUCUAUAUUUAUAUUUUAGUAAUAGUCUUUAUUCUAGAUUUAUUUUAGGAUAUGCUUGUAAUAUAUUGUAUAGUUAUAAAAUGUUUCAUAA